AAUAAAAUAAAAUAGUGCAGCGAAUGAUGGCGUAGUGGGUUGGGUUUUGAGUUUUAGCAUUUGGUACGCAAACGAACCAAUUCCAAUUCCUUCAAUUCCAGUAUAGUAUUACACAAUUAAUUUCCAAUUAGGUUUUGAGUCCAAUUUCGAGUCCAGAAUGGCUGAGCCUGAGGCUGAGGAUAUGAAUCAUCAUGAAUCGUUAUUGGGUCGUAUCCGACAACUCGAACACGAGCGUGAUGAAUUACGCAAAGAUAUCGAACAGCUAUGUAUGCAACAAGCAGGACCUGCGUAUCUUAGUGUCGCUACACGAAUGCAUUUUCAAAGAACAGCUGGAUUGGAGCAGGAGAUUCAAACCCUUCAAAAUAAGUUGGCUGCCUCUACAACUGAUACUCUUAAUCUACAAGACCAACUUUCUCAGGCUUACAGAAUUAAAGCUCAACUCGCAGAUCUACACGCUGCCGAGCUUUCAAAGAAUAUCGAAGCCGAGAAGCAGCUUAAAUUUUUCCAGGGCUGUGUAGCUACUGCUUUUUCUGAAAGGGAUCAUGCAAUAAUUGAGGCUGAAAAAGCCAAGGAAAUGGAGGACGCUAUGUCCCAACAAAUACAUGGCUUCCUCAAAAGGAUAGAAGAACUCACCUCAGUUUGUUGUAAGCAGAAGGAAUUGAACUAUGCUCUCCAGAGUGAUCAAGCAAUGUAUAUAGAGCAAAAUGAAAAAUUUAAGAAGGUAAUUAAUAAGUUCUUUCAGAUCAGGCAAUAUUCCCAGAAAGAAUGUGACGAUACCAGUUGGGAUGUUAAAAGUACAUGCCUUUUGGAUGACUCUGAGGAGUUAUGGAGUUUCAAUGAUGCUUCCACCUCUAAAUACAUUAGUGCAUUAGAAGAGCAGCUGGACAAAGUAAACAAUUCUGUGGAUUGUCUUCAAAGUAAACUUAGGGUGGGUUUGGAAAUUGAAAAUCAUCUGAAGAAGAGAAUCAAUUUAAUGGAACAAAACCAAAUUUAUAUGAACAAAGUGAUUGAGAAUGGCAUAGCAGACUUAAAACAUCAUCAUUUUAAGUAUAGGGAUCAUAUUAUGAAUUUACUUCGUGAUGGGGAAUCCACUAUUAAAUCCACAAUCAAUGUGAUUGAUGAAAGAAUCAGGAGGUUCAAUGAGAAUAUUGAGCCAAAUUUGGUCCAUCAAAGAGACAAAGAAAGAGAAGAGAAUGAAUGUAGGGAUGCACACAUAAGCCCUCAAGAUAAAACUCUUUCACAGUCCAAGAGUACUGGUCUUGACUCAUUGGCAGUAAAAGCUGAUGGACAAUGUGAUUCAUCUGAUGCUUUAGCAAUGGCAUUGCAUGAAAAGGUUGAUGCAUUAUUGCUGUUAUCACAGCAAGAAGAAAGACAUCUAUUGGAGAGAAAUGUGAAUUCAGCCCUUCAAAUAAAGACUGAAGAACUUCAAAGGAACUUGUUACAGGUUACUAAUGAAAAGGUGAAAGCUCUGAUGGAAUUGGCACAAUUGAAGCAGGAACAUCAAUUACUUCUGGAAAAAUUAGAUCCGGAGACUAAUCAAGGAGUUGAUAGUGGAGAAAGAAAACUUGUUAUUCGUGAAAGAGAUGGAACCCUAAAAAACUUGCUGAAGAAAUCAUAUUUGAGACGAUGGAUUGGUCCAUUGGAUGCUAGUGGAAAAGAAGUUGACAGUAGUCCAAAUAAUGAAGGGAAGUUCUUCAACCAGAGAUCCAGCAGUGUGGAUUUUGCAAGCAGAAUGAAGAUUGAAAAUGCAACUCUGAAAGAAAGCAUGGAUUGCAUGGAGCAUUUAACUUCGUCAGUUCAUAGGCUUCGCCUCUCUCUUUGGAAGGUCAAGGAGUCUGUGACUUCGGAAGGUACAGUUUCUGGUGUUUCAGAAGUCCUUAAUGGUGCUAUCAAUGAAGCAAAACUUUUAAGGACUGCUCUUGGCAGCUCCUUACCUAUUAGUUGGUCAGUUGAGACAGAAGUCGGUUACACUGGAGAUAGUAAGGGCGUAGAAACAGUCCAUCAGCAAUGCAGUGAUGAGAAGAUAGACACUGUUUCUGCUGCCGGGCUUGAAAUGGUGGAGCUUUUGAUUUUUGCUGCUCAGAUGUUGAGAGACAUGGAAACCACUACGGUUCCUGGUACAGAAGUUCGAUGAAGUAAAAUUAAGGCUCGCUGCACCGCAUUAAUCAGGCAGGGUGGGGAUGUAAAUUCAAAGGGAGAGAAUGAGAUAGAUUUACUGAAUUUGUCAAGUCAAGGGGAGAAAUUGAAAUUGUGCCAUACGAUCAUAUUCUUAUAUGCGUGUGAUAUUUGUAAAUUUACAACCCUCCUUCAUCGCAUUAAAUUUCACGUUCUUGGAGGACAUCACUCAAACAAAAGAAACCAUACACUUUUUUGAAAGGAAUAGGCCAUACUCUGUUGUAUUAGUAUUAUUUUUGGUUUUGUUUUGGAAUAUACACGUAUUUUAAGAUUUUUCUAUCAUGAGUAAAUUUGGAGUAGUAACUUUGCA